UAGUAUUUGUAUGUCUCAUUUCAGCCCAGAUCCCAUAAUGAUGGAACCCGCUGAAAAUAAAGAGAAUACUGGUUCAGAUAAGUGAAGUAAGAACACUUCUAUACUCCUUAUGAUGACUGAACCAACCCAAGGACUUGAAUUCAUGUGUACUGAAGUUAUCCGGCAUAUUGUUCAGUACCUAGACUACAGGGGUAAAAGGAUGUUGGGGGGUGUAUCCUCUACUCUUAAGAAUAGAGUGGAAGGAUGUGUGUUAUGAACUGGUUCAUUACUGGAGAUUUUCUAAAAAGUUUAGAACAGCUAAGCUUAAAAAGUUUGCUGAUCAAGUUGAAACAGUUCUCGGUUUAGAAGUGGGAGAUGUGACUCAUGAUGGUUUAGAAUAUUUUGUGGAGAAACAUACUGAAAUCAUUAUGUUUCAUCUCGGAGGAAAGAUUACCGUGGUAAAUAGGAUAGUUAGUCGAAACAGACUAAGUGUGAUAUUUUCUAUUCCAUUCUUGUCUUCCUUGAAUAUUUCAAUGAGACAGUAUUUCGUUCCUAAGGACUUGAAGAUUGCUUGAAAACAAAUAGAAUCUCUACAACUCACAGGAAUAACAAUGAAUGAUUCCUGGUUUCUCCAAAUAUUAGAUCAGUGUGGGAGUACUCUUAGAUCCCUAACCUUGGAUUCAUCAGUUAUUACCGGAGAAAUAGAGUUUCAUGGAACUCUGCCAUGUUUAGAGAGUCUUUGUUUGAUGUACUGUGAAGAGUUUACAGUUAAAGGACUGGUGCAGAUAUUACGACAUUGUAGGAGUACACUGAGAUCUCUAAAUGUAUGAUACACAAGAAUAACAGGUGAUAAUGUGGCUCAACACAUUGGAGCCAGUCCUUGUUUAGAAAAUCUGAUAUUUAGUAGUUGUAAUAAUGACAAGGGUUUGCGGGAGAUAUUUAAGGUUUGUGGGAGUACACUUAAAUCCCUAGAUAUAAGAGGAAAUGUAUCUGGUGAGAAUUUGUCUAAAUACUGUUUGACCCCGCCCUUGUUAAAGAACCUGAGUAUGGUAUGUUGUCGAAAACUUGCAGACAAAGGACUGCUGGAGAUGCUUGAGCUAUGUGGAGGUACACUGAGUACAAGGGGACUCUGCCUUGGUUAGAGAAUCUUAAAAUGAAAUUAUGUGAACGUCUUACAGACAAAGGACUAAUGCAUUUACUUCAUCUUUGUGGUAGCACACUGAUAUCUCUGAACAUGUCUGCCGCAUUAAUGACUUUUGAGAAUUUGUCUGAAGAAAGUGGAACCCUGUCUUGUUUAAAGGAGUUGUAAUUGAGGUUCUGUCCCUAUCUCACUAAUAAAGGAUUGCUGCAGAUACUUCAGCUUUGUGGGAGUAGUCUGAGAUCCCUGGAUAUAUCAAAUACAAAAAUAAGUGGAGAGAGUUUGUCUGAAUUCUACGCUUGCAAAAUCAUUCGAUGAAGUUUUUGAUUAAACCUUAAUCAAUGGAGAGCUCUGCGAAAAGCAGCUCAUUACACCAAUAGUUACAUUGAUAAAAUGAGACAAUUUUUCUCUCUAUGAUUCUACGGAUGGGAAAUACUAUUGUAGAUCUAUUUUAUAUUGAACAAAGUAUUUCAGAAGAAGUUUGUCUGAAUUCAAUGGAACCCCGCCUUGUUUAGAGAACCUGAACAUAAUUUCAAGCGACGUACAAUGGACUUUUGCAUACUAUUCAGCUAUGUGAAUCUAAACUUAAAUCCUUGGAUUUACGUUAUACAAAUAUUACUGGAGAGGAUCUAUCAGAAUAUAAUGGAAUCCUGCCCUCUCUAGAAAACUUAUAUUUGUCUUUCUGUUAAAAUCUGAGUUAUGAAGGACUAUUGCUGAUACGUAAGCAAUGUGAAAGUAUGCUUAGAACACUGGAUAUAUCAGAAACUAAAAUGGUUCCAAUUGAAGGUCUGCUGUCUGAAUACCGUCACAUCAAAAUCUACACUGAUUCUACGGAAUGAAGAUUGAUCGAUCGUUAAUUAUUAUUAUUACACCACCACUGACACUAUUUGAAUCUUUCUCCGCCGACAUGUAUUUCAUAAUUAUUUUUCUUUUCAGAUCAGCUAAAGAUGGCUUGGAAUCAGAAUCAAGGAAAUUGGGGGAAUCGUGGAGGUUAUGGUGGGGGAUAUGGAGGUAGAGGUGGAAUGGGAGGCGGUGGUAUGGGAAUGGGAGGUGGUGGGAUGGGAAUGGGAGGUGGUGGAGGCAUGGGAAUGGGUGGUAUGGGAAUGGGCGGAGGUGGUAUGGGGAUGGGAAACGGUGGCAUGGGAAUGGGCCCGGGUGGAAUGGGAAUGGGAGGAGGAGGAUACAAUAUGAUGGGAGGACCCCCGCAUCGUGGUGGGUUCAACAAUAUGGGAGGACCUGCUCCCCUCAUGUCCCCGGCAGCUGCAGCUCUCUCGGGGAAACCAGCAGUUCAGAAGAAUUUAACUCUCAAGGAGGUUCAGAACUGGCUGGACAACCAGAAACCUUUAAUCCUUCAAACUGUGAUGAAACACAUCACCAACCUUCUCAUCAAUAAACACGACGUGAAGACGGACGAUCUGUCGGACUGGUACAAGGAGGACGAACUCCCUGUUAAAUCAGGGACCCUGAUAGAAGGUGGGGUUGAACCAGAUACUGCCGCAAACGCACUCAAACGAAACCUAACUCCGGGAGUGGGUUGGUCCAAAUCCGACAUGAGACAUCCGCACAAAGUGACACACACUAUGAAACCCCUCCCAGAGCUAGAAAUCAUUCCUCCGUUCUCAGCCGAGAACAAGGAAGCAGAUAUAGACCGAGAUAAAAGAAAAAUGUUAAUCAACAAUGUAAACAUGAUGCAGAUUGAACUUAACAAAAUCUGUCACAGAUACAAGAUCAAACCCUCGGAGCUUGACAGAGAUAACUUGGAGCAAUACCCGGCGGAAGCACAACCUAAACUCGGAUUAGCAGUCACGUGUGUUUCCAACGCGGAGCGUACACUCGGGGAUUUCCUGGAUUUUCUAAAAACUGAAAAAUACAAGGAAUGGAACGAUGAUCAAAUUGCCAAGAGAGAGGCGCUACUCAAGUCCAUGAUAGGAGAAGCCCCCGUUGGUAAACCCCACCUCAGUGGAGUCCGAGAAGAGGACAUCGAGCUUGUCGAUGCCCAGGUCGAUAAGGAUGGAAAUGUCGUCGUCGGCAGCAAGUCAGGGUUCGCCGGCGUUCCGGACUACCGAACCCAGGACGAGAUCGACGGAGUCGAUUCCGAAUCCGAUUCAGAAGAGGACGAACCUAAAGCCAAGAAAAAGAAAGAUGUAGUUUUUCAUAAAGCCUCGGAAUAAAAUAUAAAGUCUGAAUAUUGUUGUACAUGUUUUUUGUAACAUUUAUGUUCCCGCAUUUUAAGUUAAGUUUUCAGAAAA